ACAACGCACGCUAGGUGCUCUCUACACAGCAAAAUAUUCAGGCAAAAUAUACGUCACUGUACGUCAUCGCGCGCGCCGUGCGGCAACACGCACUGCAUCAACUUUCAUGUAUCAGCUGGUUACGAUCGUGAGUGCGCGCAUUACCGCAGACCCGGUCGAAAAUUGCAGUACAUUAUAUAAGGCGAGUGAGUGAGCGCGGUUUGCGAUGAACGGUGGCUAAUGCAUGGCACCGUGCUGUGACGAAAACGAGGUUUUCAGAUAACACGCGGCUGUCAGUGCGGCUUCGAAGUGAUAGUGACGGUUUUAUAAUAGUGCGUCGCGAGCGAUUCGUUAAGUAUUCAUUCAAGGACGACCAUUUAAGCAUUUAGACUGUAAUUCGCGAAGGAAGCUAGGAAUUACACGCGAAUUCGUGGUAUUUUCUUCUCCCUCUCUUUCCUCCUUUUUUUUAUCAGCGUCUCCUACCUUGCGUUCUCUGCCGUGCGUUACCGCUCACAUAAAUCAUCCACCACGCACGUGAUACGUCAAUGCUCUUAACAAAAAAAGUGACAAAACUAUUAUAAAAAUCACCGCUCACCACUUGCAGGUCACCGCGUUAUUUACGCCCACGCACAACGACGAGUUAUCGCCGUCUGUUAAUACUCGUGCUCGUGUCUCAGUGCCGAUUACACUUGUUUGACAGUUCGAUAGGAUGUCCGGCAACUUGAGAGAAAUUGAUCCGUUCAGCGAGAUGCCUAUGGAACUAGAAUCCUGUGAAGAGAAUGACGAAGCAAUAGAAGAGGGUCCAAAGGACAAUGUAGAAACGAAUAUAGAAACUGAAGAAUCUUACGCAGAAUCUUUAACUCCAGAAGAAAUACGGUGGUUUUAUAAAGAUGGUGUUGAAAAAAGAUGGAAUGAAUUUUGCGGGUACGACAGCUUAAGAAUCGAAAAAAUUUAUCAGGAGCGUCAAAAUUUAAUUGGCACAAGUAACGACGAGAUAAACAAUGAAAAUAAUUUACCACCUGCUGAAAGAAUUGUAGUUAGAGGAGGCAUGUACGAUGUUCAAAUUGAUAAUAUGAAAUGCGUAUCUAUAUACUGGCCAGGUGAAGAAUGGGAAAUUAUGAGAGCUACGUGGUAUUAUGAUGGCAGUUGGAUACCGUUAGAGACAGAACAUUCCAAAGUAAUAGAAGAAGUCCACCUUAGAUUAUUUCAAAAAGAAAGUAACGAUCAAAGUAGCUCUAAGUGUGAUGCGAGUGUUCCUCAGGCUUAUAAAGUAUUACAUACCGAACAGUUCUCUGAAUUUCACGUUGACUGGCACUCGAUUAACGACGUAAUAUUAUAUAGCGAAUACACUCCUACUAAACUGAUGCGCAGUGUCACGUCAAAGCUGGGCUUUGCCAAAACAACAGGGUAUCGAUUAAAACGAGGCUACAAAUCGCGUGCGAGCAUGGAGGAUAAGCCGCGCGAUAUUGACCAUUUAGUAUUUGUUGUUCACGGAAUAGGACAAAAACGGGAUACAGGGAAGAUUAUACGUAACACCACAUGUUUCAGGGGCUGCGUGGAUUGGCUCAAACAGAAGUACUUCCCAAAUUCUCAGCAUAGAGUAGAAUUUUUUGCAGUUGAAUGGCGAUCGUCGUUAAAGUUAGACGGAGAUAUAGUCGACGCGAUUACGCCUUAUAGCGUGUUAAGUAUACGUCACUUGUUAAAUACAUCAGCGAUGGAUAUUUUAUAUUAUACAAGUCCUUUAUACGGUGCUGAAGUUAGAGCCGGCUUGCAGAAAGAACUGAAUAGAUUGUACUUUAUGUUCGCGAGUCGGCAUCCCGGCUGGCAGGGGAAGGUUUCAAUACUGGCGCAUUCCCUAGGAUGCGUGAUUGUGUACGACAUAGUCACAGGCUGGAUGGGACCCGACACGCGACUUCCAUCUCCGCAUGCACACGAAGUUUUGUUACAAGGAUUACAAUUUCCGAUUGAAAAUCUAUUCUGCUUGGGCUCACCGUUGUCUGUAUUCUUAGCGUUGCGCACACGUACUCCAUCCAAUAGGUUAGACGUGAUGCCGCAAAGUUUGUGCAAGAGAUUUUAUAACAUAUUUCAUUGGUCCGAUCCGGUCGCUUAUCGUAUGGAGCCGCUCUUGGAGCGAGGUUACAGUAAAAUCGAGCCAGUUCUCAUACCGCCGUACGGAGGGGUCGACGGACAGCAGAUACCACAGUCGCCUUCGUCGUUAAACAACGUCGAUCCAACUCUACCGCCUACAGAAACUGACGAUAAAGAUGAUAGCCCAACGGAUAUACCGAAUCGUGCGGAGAAGGGCUGGAGUCUUUGGGACCUAGUGCGAGGCGGUUGGAACGUUAGAGAAGGCCCGUCUUCGCCGACGCCAGAGUCGAAUCCGCCAAUCCGUCCAGGUCAAGAAUUAACGCAGCGAUUGGAUUAUGUGCUGCGUGCAGUCGGUUUAGGAAGGAAUUACUUGUAUACGGUGGCAGCGCACACGGCAUAUUGGAAUAAUUAUGACGUGGCCUAUUUCGUAUUAACAAGACUCUUUCCGACGUUGGAAUCGUGAUGGCGGUUUAAACAUUUUAACGCGGAAUCUUCAGUCAGGGAACUUUGGAUUCUGCUGAAAUGUUCUAGUCCAUUGUAGGCCUGUCCCCAAACGUGAUAUCCCAAAAUAGGCUUACCACAAAAACAAUCUGUGAUAAUGGAAAAACGAUACAAUAAUGUUUGCAAAUUCUAUGAAAAGUAAUCAUUUUAUAUUGCUCGCAUAAUUUAGUAUCAACUCCUAUCAAGUUACGCAAGACAAACGAAACUUUGUCUCCACUCGUAUUUUGGAAAGUAACUUGUUUGUACCAAACGUAAUUUGUACGUAGCGUAAUAUAGAUUCUAUAUUAUAGGUAUGAAAAGAUAAUGAGUUUUACGGUUUACGUUACCUCUUGCGAUAUAAAGCAUAGUUUAUGCGCGACAUAUUUGUCAAGUAUAACACUUCCUAUAACUCUCUCUCUCUCUCUCUCUCUCUCUCUCUCUCUGUUACUUGUUACAACGCAAUAGUUAUUUUCGAUUAGUUUUCUUCGAGCGGUACCUAAUAUAUUCUUGUUGAUCGCUUUUGUUAUAUUAUUGCCAUAUUUUAAGAUUAGCGUUUAGAAGUAAAAUAAGGUGAUGUGCUUACACAUUUUUCUUACGUACGUACUCGAACUGUUAAUCGAGUUGCGAGUACAUUUGGAAACAUUCAUUUCCGAAUGUACGAGGAGUAAUGCAGAAACAUAAAACACCAUAAUACUAACUUAAAUUUUUAAAUAAUACAUAAUUUAAGAUACGCUACUUAUACAAUGGUAUAUGUAAUUUUACAUCUUUAAUUUAAUAGCAAUUCGUAUUAUAUCAUAAUUAGAUUGUUUUCAUAUUGUUUUAGAGAGUUUACUUAAGCACAAAAUAUUCUUAUGAAUUUUUGUAAGCUAAGCUGGAAUUAUCUAAAAAUCUUCGAAUACAAUGACUUCUUUGUAAAGAAUUGCGCAGAAAUAAAGUUUGUUACUCUGAUAGGAUAUUUCUAAAUUUAGUAAUUUAAAUCGUGCGGUGAUAUUUUGAGAGAUAUUAUGCAUUGAAAGGUUUGCUUUAUCUCACAGAGAAAAUUGUUUCGUACCAUUCAAAAUUUAGGCUAACAUACCGAAUACAGUUGGAAUAAAAAAUUAUGAUUUUUUUUACGUUGAAAGAUACUUUUGUGUAUUAUCUACGUCUUAACGAAUAACAGUAGAUUAAGAUAUAUUUAUAUUACCAUAUUACAGAGCGUAAUUAUGUUUUUUGUUAUUAUAUUAUGAAAUUAUUUAAAAUAUGGAAGUUUAUUUAUAUCAAUCAUUGCAUUAACGUUUCUUAACACUACUGUCUUAUUUUGCGUAUCAUAUCACGUGUUUGACAUAUCAGAUAAUUAUGUAUUAAUUAUUGCAAAAUGUAAUAUUAUUUUGAUUAUUAAGAGUUACAAGUAUUUGUAUUUGUAUAAACAUAACACGAAUUUUUAAUAUCGAUCAACUUAGACGCAAGGAUCAUUUCUACAUUUUCCGCUGAAAAAUAUGCAUUGAAUAAUAUAUUAGUUGUUUGUACUAUCUUAUGACUAUUAUAUAUCAUGAUAUGUAAGUUAGAAAAGCGAAAAUGAUGGUCGUUUUGUCUUUGCGAUGUGUAUGAAAGAAUGUUAUUGAAUGCAAAAUGCAUGAAAUAGUUUAUUAACGAUGCGAAAAGGAUAAUUUAAUAGCGUGACAAUAACAAAGAAAUUUAUUACAUGAAGUUUUUAUCAGAAGAGUAUAGAAGAGAAUAUCAAAUUUUAUAUGACACGUCAUUAUUAAUAAGCCUAUGGGAACAUCGAUAUAAGUAAUUUUUCUUAAUAUAGAGAAUAGUGUGGUGUAUAUAUCCAUUAUUAUGUGAUCAAAAAUCUGUUUCUAAGAAAUGCCUAUGAUAACAGUAAUAUAACAAGGCUUACAAUAUAAAAUAAGCAAUCUGCCAUAGUAAUAAAAUUAUAAGAGACAUUUCAGAUCGAUAUAUAUUGUUCAAUACUCUUUCAAACAUUAACAUAUCUGUACCCGCGCGUUUAAAAUAUAAUAUUUUAUGUAAUGCUUUUUCACAAGAAUAUUAAUCCAUUAAUGAGCAUGAAUUAUGGAAAAUUGAAAUCAAAGAAUCUUGCAGUGACAACCUUUUAAAAGUCGAGUUGAAUCUGUGCAUACAAUGAAAAUUAUUAUCUCUUUUACGAAACAAGAAUGAUAAUAGCUUGAUUAUGCAACUUUCUGCAGUCAUAAUCUUAAUAAGAAUAGAUAAUUGUGAAAAACAGCAAAACAACAGAUACCAUAUCAUAACUUUUAUAUAAUAAUAUAAACGUUUUCAUAAUUUAUCACUUUCAUAAAAGUGUUGAAAUCCAGAUUAUCUAUAAAGUUGGUGCAUUGCGAAAAUGGUUUGAUAUCUUUGGUCGAAAGCGUAAAUAUAUGUAGACAAGAACGUAAAUAGGAAAUAACAUGUUUAUAGUAUUGAUUGAUGUGAUUUACAUAUUUUAUACCAGUCACGUAACUUCGAUGUUUCAUCGAUGUUUCUUAUGAGACAAUGAGAGAAAUUUUAUAUCUGUUCUUUAUGCUGUGUUAUGUAAAUUACAAACAUUUUUGAAAUAAAUAUAUUAUACAAAGA